GCUGCGUACGUUUAGUGUAUGCACGAGCACGCGGGAAAAAGAGAAAUGUACAGAAUAUUACAAUAAUUACAAUAAACUUCUAAUUCGAAGGUGUGAUAUCAGUGACAACAUUCAUCGGCUUCUCAAAACUAAUUGUCCAUGGAAGUUGAAAGAAUUUUGGAGCGUGUUGGCUCUAAAAAAGAAGUAGUCAUUGAUAAAAAUUUUUUUUACUGUGGACGAAUGAAAGAAAACGAUCUAAUAUGUCUCAGUUUAUUAGUAUCAAGAGAACAUUGUUUAUUUACGAAACUGCUAGAUGGUUUAUAUGUAACAGAUUUAGGGAGUUCCAAUGGCGUUUAUAUAAAUGGAGUUCAAAUAAGACCAAAAAAACAAAUUCUCUUAAAAGAGAAAGAUUAUAUUGGUAUUGGCUGUGCUGAAAUGAUAAAUUUAAAUGAAUCCAUGUUUGUAUAUAAAGUUAAAAGUAGGAAGGUCAGUGACAAGAAUCUUAAAAAUAUUGAUUCUGUUGAUUUAAAAGAAAGUAAUCUAGAAGAAUGCUCAAGGCUUGUUCUAAAAGAACAAUCUAGAUCACGCAAAUCAGAUAGCGUAGAAAUAUUAACUAAAGUACCCAAGGCAACCAUAGAACAUAAACUAAUAAUUUCCAAUUACAAUCAUAAUUUAUAUAAUAAUACAGAUGAAAAUGAUAUCAACAUAGUUGAAUCCAGUAAUAUGAAAAAUUCAUUAGGACAAAUGGAUGAACAUCCUCUUGUACAAAAGAAAAAUGUCAAUACUAUGAAUUUAUAUAAAAAAGAUGAUAUAUCAAAAGAAGCAUCUGAAUGCUUGAAUGCUCUUGAUUACAUAAAUACAAAUGUUGAAAAGUUGCAUUUUGAUAGAGUUCCACAAGUAUUACUGUCUAAAGGCAUCGAUGUAAAAGAAAUACAAAGAUCUAAUGCUUACAAAAAUAACAAUGAAAAUAUGGAAUUAGAUUUAGUACCAAAAGUAUAUAGUCUUACACAUAAAGCCAGUGAAAAGCAUUUGAAUGAUAAUAUAAUACUAGAAAAUAUUUUUUUUGAUAAUGUAAAUAUUAAGCAAGAGUCACACAGUUAUAUCAAUCCUAAUAAUUCAGUUUCUAUAAAGCAGGAACCUGAUUUAGAUUGUUUUUCACAAAUCGAUCUAGUGGAAAUAAACGAUGACGAAGAUAGUAUAUUUCCAUUUUCACAAUUAUUUGAUAAAUCCGUCGUUAAAGAAGAACUUGAAGAGCAAGAUAAGUUUUUACAACAAUCAUCAUUAUUUCUAGAUGACGAUGACGAAAACGUUAUAACAAUUUUGGAUAGCGAUGAUGAAAAUGCUUGUGAUAUAAAUAAAUUAACUGACUUAGGGUUAAAAAUAAAAAAUGAACCAGAAUUUGAGUUUCCAGAUAUGACAGUGCCUACAAGUUUUGCAUCAAAUAAUGUUAUGAAUAUUUCUCCCGAUAAUAUAGAUGCGCUUAGUGAUAAUAUAUUGAAAUCUAAUAUAAAGCUAAAUGAUAAUAUUGCAAAUAACAAAAUGACUAAUGCACUAUUAAAAGAACAAGAAGAAUCUACACCACAUCAAAAAGUAUUACCUGAAAUAUUAAUUUGCAAGAAUGCAAAAAUUCCAAAUAAAACUAAAAACAAAGGGCUUGAAAUUAUUGAACCACAUUUUAUGAAACCUAAGUUAAAGGUUGUGAAAAAAGAUAAAAAUAAAUCAAAAAAUAAAGAAAAAUCUGAAAGCAAACAUGAUAAAAUAAAGAAACAUUCUUCUGAUUCAUCAAGCUCUUUUAUAGAAAAAAGUGUAAAUAAAGAAUUAUCAAAGGAUAAAAUAUACGAGAAAGAUACAAUUCAUUCGUCAACAAAUAGUUCUGCUAAGAUUAGUCGUAGUAAUAAAGAUAAAAAGCAUAUAAUAACGAAAUGUAAGAGCACUUUGGCAGCAAAUUCCAAAAAGUACAAAUAUCCAAAUAAAAGAAAAAAACAUAAUGAAAGUUUUAAUAAAAGUGAUUCCAGCUCAGUUGAAAAUGUAUCGAUGUAUUCUGAACCACAAAAAGAAAUUAGAUCUGAACGUAAGACCACGAUAGUAAAAGUGAAAAUUUCAACAAAAACACGUGGGGAUAUGUUAUAUGAUUCUAUGCAAUCAUUAAAGCCACGUAUAAAGAGUAAAAAAUUAAGUUCUACUAAAAGAGAAACAUCAAAUUCUUCCAAUAAAGCAUCUAAAUUAUCUUCAUUUGUUAUUCCGCGACGUCAGGUACCACCAUCCUCUAUAUCAACUAGUGAUUCUGUCCUCGGUGUCAAUGAAUCAAGUAAUCCGCAAUCAAAAUCUUGUAAUAAGCAAACUAUUUCAAUAUUAUCAAAUACAACAAACUUAAUCAAUGUUUCAUCGACUGUAUCUAAUCUUAACAACAAUAGAUCGCCAUCCAAAGAACAAAUUACGGAAGAUAAAAAUAUGCAUUCAAAAUUACAAUCACUAAAAUCUUUAUUAACAAUACCUUCUUUACAUAAUAGAACUCAAAAAAAAGUUUCAUUCAAAGAAAACAUUUCUUCUAUUCGAGAAUUUGGAAUUGAAGAAGGCAACCGAUUAAGAAAUAUUAAAGAGGGAUUGUCCAUUAGAAGUACAAAAAAAGAUUUUUUGGAAUACAAAAUAAUGGAACUAAAAAUUGAAGACUUUUUAGCUCGUGUAUUUGAUUGGGAACCUAUAUGGCUUGAACAGCAGCAAACAGUAAAAGCUUUACCACCAAUUGUAAAGAAAGAAGAUAUGCAUGAAUUGCCAAAUCAUUAUAAAUCUUUUGAAGAGUAUUACAAAAAAAUGGAGGUGUUAUUAUUAUUGGAAACAUGGCAGCAAUUACUCAAAGAAUAUGAAUGUACAGGUAACAGGUACAACUCAUCCAUUGUUUUACCAUGUAAACUUGUAAGACAUUCUGUAAGACAGAUGCAAACACCCAAUGGCUUUGGAUAUUCGACGCUGCUUAUAAACACAAUUGUUUCAAAAAAUCAAUUGCGAUUACAAAAUCAUCCAGUUUAUGGUGAUAUGAUAAUUUUGGAAUAUGUAAUCAAAGAAGGUGUUGUCCAAAAAAUGCGAAGAAUAUUUGCUUAUGUGGUACAGGUUCAACAGCAAAAUUCUUUGAAAUUUUUAAAAUCGAACGAACAACUUUGUAAAUAUGUCACCAAUCCUGAUGCUCUUUUAUCAUACACUGUACAAACGAGAAAAAUUGAUGAACAUACAGUACAAUUUGAUCAAAUUGCCAGAUUGCGAAGUAUUAUGUACAUGAGAUCUCAUUUGCGAUUAAUUCAAAGCUUGCAAUAUCUACCUCAUUCUUUACUUCGAGAUUCGAUUUUAAAAGUUGAUAUUAAGGAAUUUCAACUUGAGCCAGUAACAAAACAGCAGAUUUAUGACUAUCAACUUGUAACAAAAGAAAAACUUAACGAAAAACAAGUAGAAGCAGUUAUUAAAUUUACAAAUGCUUCUAUAAAAUUAGAAUCAAAAAUUGGCCUCCUUAAUGGACCACCAGGGACUGGAAAAUCAAAGGUCAUUGCAAAUUUAGUUACUCAAAUACUUUAUGGAGAUGGUAGAUAUGUUGGAGGACGACCUUUCAGAAUUUUAGUUUGUGCCCCAUCUAAUGCUGCUGUUGAUGAGGUUGUAUUACGUCUUCUUGAAAUACGAGGAGCAAUUAAAGAGCAUAGAUUUAAAAUGGUAAGAAUUGGACGAAUUGAGUCAAUGCAUGAAGAAGUUAAAAAAAUAUCUGUAACCGAAUUGGCAAAACGAGAAGCUCAAAAAAUAUAUUUUAAUCAACGACCCAAAGGUUCAGAGAAUGUUGAGAAUAAGAAGUAUAAAUUAAAAACUGAUAUUAAUGCACUUGAGUUACUUCUGGCUAAGAAUCCUGACAAUCAAAUGUAUAAAAAAGAUCUCAAAGAUUAUCGUGCUAAAUACAAAAAUUUAACUAAUAUAAGUCCAGUAAAAGCUGCAGAAUUAUCUAAAUUACAGAAUUCUGCAAAAAUUUUAAUUUUACAAAAAGCAAACGUUAUUGCAUGUACAUUGUCAUCUUGUUAUACUAGUCAAAUGGAAUCUAUUUUUAGAGGAUAUUCCAAUAAAAUCACAAUCUGCAUUGUAGAUGAAGCUACACAGUGUUGUGAAGCUGAAACAUUGAUACCAUUAAUGUUGGGUGUGAAAAAUCUUAUUUUAGUUGGUGAUCCUAACCAAUUGUCAGCUACUAUUAUGUCCACUGAAGCAAAAAAACUUGGAUUAGACAAAUCUUUAUUUACAAGGAUAAAAAUGAAUUUAGAAUCUCAAUAUCAAGAUGUUACUGAAAAUUGUAAUGAUCCUAUAAUAAUGUUAAAUGUACAAUAUCGCAUGGUCAACGAUAUAUCUUAUUGGCCAAAUCAUUAUUUCUAUGGAGGAAAAUUAAUGAAUGCUGUAAAUAAUAAACAAAAUUUCCCUUUUCAACCAUAUCGGGUUCUAAAUCUUGAUGCUGUACAAGAUGACAUAAAAUUUUAUAACACAAGCGAGGCUGUAUUUGUUGGUAACUUAAUAAAUUGUUUAAUGACGUAUGCUAAAUUGAGCUCUUGGGAUAAAAAAAUUACCAUAGGAGUAAUUACACCAUAUCAAAAUCAAAAAUCACUGAUUUUAUCGACAAUAAAAGAAUACACGAGAAAUAUAUCUGCUAAUAUAAAAAAUAAGUUUAUAACAGAAGUUAACACUAUUGAUAGUUUUCAAGGUCAAGAAAGAGAUAUUAUUAUUAUGUCAUGUGUAAGAAGUAGUGGAAUAGGAUUUCUAUCAGAUCAACAAAGAUUAUGUGUUGCAUUGACACGAGCAAAAUAUACUUUAAUUAUAUGUGGUAACUUCACCACAUUUCAGAGAGAUAAUGCGUGGAACAAUUUAUUACAAGAUGCAUGUUCACGAGAGGUUGUAGCAUAUUUAAAUACAAAUGCCAAACCACAUGAUAUUAAAUAUCACGUUAUAAAGUUAGAUUAGAAAUCAAAAUUGUGUUUUCAGAGUAUUGGAAUGAAAGUCUGUAAGCUUAUAUUAUUGUUUUU